AUUUCCCGUUCCCAGAGCCAGGCGCAUGCGGACCGCGGAGUGUAGGGAACAAUAAUAAAGGAAGAUCGGAGGAGAGACAGAAACAUGUCGAAAGGCCCCGCAGCUGCGAGCUCUUCGUCCGGAGCUGCCGCUGCCACACCUGCUCCCCUCGCCACAGGCUCUGUGUCUCCUGCCAGCGCGCUGCACGCACAGCCAGAGAAACCGCAGCACUACACGUACCUGAAGGAAUUCCGCACUGAGCAGUGUCCCCUCUUUGUGCAGCACAAGUGUUCCCAGCAUCGGCCCUUCACCUGCUUCUACUGGCACUUUGUAAACCAGCGGCGUCGCAGACCCAUCCGCCGUCGGGACGGCACCUUCAACUACAGCCCGGACAUCUACUGCACUCAGUACGAGGAGGGCUCAGGCACCUGCCCUGACGGGGACGACUGCCCAUUCCUGCACCGCACCGCAGGCGACACCGAGAGGCGCUAUCACCUUCGCUACUACAAGACGGGCACCUGCAUCCACGAGACAGACGGUAAGGGCAACUGCAGCAAGAACGGGCCGCACUGCACCUUUGCACACGGACUACAGGAUCUGCGUGCACCCGUCUAUGACAUCAGGGAGCUCCAGGCAAUGGAGGCAAUGCAGAAUGGGCAGUCCGCUGCUGAGGGCAGUACUGAGGGGCAGCCAGCCAUUGCAGCCAGCUAUGCCCUGAUUGAGAAGAUCCUGUGUGAAGAGCCCCGAUGGCAAGAGACCAGCUAUGUGCUGUCCAGUUACAAGACGGAGCAGUGUAAGAAGCCCCCGCGACUGUGUCGCCAGGGUUACGCCUGUCCCUACUACCACAACAGCAAGGAUCGUCGUAGAGGCCCCCGCAAGCACAAAUACAGGUCGUUGCCCUGCCCAGGGGUGAAGCAUGCUGAUGAGUGGGGUGACCCCAGCAAGUGUGAGAGUGGAGACAGCUGCCAGUAUUGCCACACGCGCACAGAGCAGCAGUUCCACCCAGAGAUUUACAAAUCCACAAAAUGCAACGACAUGCAGCAGGCUGGCAGCUGCCCACGCGGACCCUUCUGUGCCUUUGCUCACAUGGACCAGCCUUUAUGCAGUGAUGAAGCCCAGUCCUCCUGCUCAGCCUCCAGCCCAACGCUUGCAGGUCUGCCCCUCUUCACCCCUGCAGACUCGCUUCCUGUCAGCCCCACCAGCCCGCACACCUUUGAGCUCCACAGCAUCCUGUCCAGCAGCUGCAGCUCUCCCAACCCCUCCAGUAUGUGUGUCUCACCACAGGGGAUGCUUGGAAGGAUGCUGUGCCAGGAGUCCUCCAGCCUGGAGGCCCCGUUCUUUACAACUGCGGGAAGCGGCUAUGGAAAAGCACCAGGGUUUGAGCGUGAAGACCAGGCAAAACAGAAAACACACACCCUGGAGCAUAGGAGUGGAGACCCAGGUCACUUCCAGUGUAGUACUGGAUCCACACAGGAUGGACUGGGUCUGCUCUCUGUGGGGAGCCCCCCAGUGUCCAGCAUCUCCUCCAGCAUGACGUCUAGCCUGGCCACAACACCCCCCAGCCCUGCAGCCAGCAGCACCACCCGUGGCAUGAACGCCAACGCGCUGCCCUUCUACCCCACCAGCGACACUGUUGAGUCCGUCGUGGAGUCUGCCCUGGAUGAUCUGGACCUCAAUGAUUUUGGCAUGGCAGCACUAGAGAAGAGUUUCGACAGCACAACUGGAGCCCACAGCAGCAGCAUCAUGAUCGGGGGAAGUUUGCUGCAGAGCUCGGCUCCCGUUAACAUCCCUGGCUGUCUGGGAAGCUCUGCCUCCUUUCACUCUGCCUCACCAUCUCCACCAAUCAGCUCUUCCCAUUUCAUGCCCUCCAGCCUCCAGCAGCACCAGCGCCACCUGAGCCAAUCAGACAGCACCUUUCCGCAGAGCUCACUAGCAGGUCUGAACGGAAUGAACAGCAGUAUCUGGGAGCACUUCCCCCCUGGGAACUUCUCACCUAGCUCCUCCCCUGCCUUCCUGACAGGGGCCAGCCCCGGAGAGCUGACACGACUGCGGCACGAGCUGGACGAAGCCAGCACAGCGCUGAAACAAUGGGAGGAGUCCUGGAGGCAGGCCAGACAGGCGUGUGACAUGUGGAAGAGGGAUGUGGAGGAGGCGAAUGAGGACGCAGCCAGCGCAGGCCGGGAGGGUGCUAUGGCGCUCAAGCGGAGGGAGGUGCUGGAGCAGCGAGCUCAACAGCUUCAUGAGGAGCUUCAGCGGCUGCAGGCCGGAAAGGAGCCGCAGAUCCUUCGCUGCUACGAGCAGCUCCAGCUGCUGCCCCUGCCCACGCUGUAUAACCUGCAGACACAACUGCGCUCCGGCCUGGAGAGAGUCGAGCAGGCUGUCUUUCAGCUGCAGAAGGUGAAAUGUCUGCGCUGUCAGGAGGGGAGCCGUGUGAUGUUGCCGUGCCAACACACUGUGCUGUGUGAGGCCUGCUCCCGCACAAAGGAGUGUCCUGUCUGCCAGCCUACCGGGACACUGAGCCUGCAGUCUUGACCACACUGGCCUUCCUGCAGUAGAUUGAGGUGGGAGACCACUCAUAUCUAAUAGACUGUUAGAGCUGGAAGAGCUCUUCUCUUUAAACUGCUUACCGGCAAGUGGUAACAAUAGCACCCACUGUCAGCUGAUUUUGUAGGAGCCACCAGAGAUCCCUCUGGUUAUCCACUCUGCCCAACUCAAAGCAGGUCAACCACAGUUACACAUCUCAGUAAGAGAGAGGGGUGUUAUUUAAGUUCUGUGUAAAUGGCUGAGGAAUUCUUAGAAACAUUGGUUUAGCUCUGUCCUUACAACCUGAACUGGGUGAAGGGACAAGUAGGCUGCUUCUGCAGUAUAUCGUACAUAACCACGUCAUGCUUUUGCAAUUGAAUUGGCAGUAAUCAUUUCUAACUGUGACCUGUUCAAAGUCAUGUAGAAACAUUUAGAUGUUGCUACCUUGGAACCUCCCCACAAACCUAGAACCAGUUUAAUAAGGCAUUGCCAAACCAGUGUGACACGCACCAGAGAUGUCGUGCUUUUAUGUUGCUCUGACUGAGUUGGGGUCUGCUAAUAUAUAAAGUCCUGUAAUGGAGCCCUCAGAGAUGGAUCUGUGCUGCUGUUCAGCUGUUAAGAAAAAUAUAUUUUUUUUCUCCUUGCCAUUUCAGGGUGAUUAUUGUUGUGCUUUCCUUGGCCUGCUGGCUCCCAGACCAGGCACUGCUGUGGGUAUGUGCCUGUGCAGAAUUCACACGCAGCAGGGUGACCUGGGCGACCAGCUGGGCAGCAGCAAGAGUACUUGACCAGGAUGCAGACCACAGCCUUUAAUUGGCCAACACAAAGCUGUGGCCACAGAACCAGACCAGCCUGAGCAAGUUUACAGGCAGCCUUCCAGUCAUAAACAGGUCCCUGUAAACUGCAUCUUCAUGGUGUACUGGAAUUCAUUUCAGUUUUCUCUUAAGAAGCUUAUUUCUUUUUGAUGUCUUUUCUUUGUAUACAUCAUAUAAUGUAAUAAUGCAACCCUGUCCCCCACAAGCUUUCCUUUAAGAAAGGGCCAUAUGCAUUCCAAACUGGUAUUUCAUUGCAGCAAUAUUUGUGUUUUUGUCUUUUCAUAUGUCCUGUAAUGGUAGCUGUUAGAUGUGAGGCACGAGGGUGACUAAAACAGUAUCCUGUGGCUGGCAGUCAGCAUCGUGUGUAACUAUUGGCAGGUAACAAACACAUGACUUGAUAUCCUGGACUAAAAUGGCAAAGGUUAUGUUGAAAUAUAUGAAUCAGUUCAAAGUCAAAUUCCCCCAGUGCCUACACCCUGGCCAAGCCUUUUUACACUUUGUGUACAGACAGCCUCAGCUAAAAAUGAAUCAUUGAAGAUUGUUUUAAAGGUUGUUUAACUGGUCAUUUAAAAUUACAACUGUCUUUUAUAUAUAAAAAAACAAACAAAAAAAAACGUUUAAUCAGAAAUAGACCAACCAGUGAGCGACCAACAAAUCUAAUCCUGAUAAAAUAACAGAAAUAAAAAGAGAGCAGAGAGUUAAGUAUAUAAACAGAUACACAUGAAGUAAAGCUCUCCAAACAUAAUUGUGUUGCAUAAUAUCAGCUCUCCCACGUCAGCUGCAGAAAGCGGUUGACCGUGCAGUUCGAGAUCUGUUAAUCUUUAAGAUCUUUAGAUCUUUCUGCAAGUAUGGUGGUACACUGGUGCCUGGCUGACUGCUUAUGGAUUUCUCCCAGUAAAGGCAAUGUCAAAAAUGCCAUACAAUUCAGCAGAAGAGCACUGUUCAUUAAUUACAACCAUGAUGUUCCACUUUGUAACAUACCUGCUUUGUAUAGUUUGUAAGUGAAAGAUCUUAUGCUUCGAUAGAUAAUCCUAAUCAUUUUAUGAUGGCGCUUUUUAUAAGAACACUAGUUUUAUAAAGAGAUUUCAAUUUCUCUGUGUCUUAUCUUUCCCAGUGGAGAUUCAGUUCUCUUCACAUUCAAGAAAUUCGGAUUCUGUUUUUCUUUUUAAAUGAGAGUGUACUUCUACUUGAUAAGCAUUUGUAUUGGCGAUGUCUGAAGGGAAUUUGUAUGACUAGAACUUGUUCCAGAAUGAUGUUUUUGAAUUUUGUAGAGGAAAAUAAAUCUAUUUUUUGCUA